GGCUGCGAGCCGAAACCUCGGGACUCCCCUUCAAAGCUGCAACCCUCCCACCAGCGUCUCGGGCUCCGGCGAGGAAGACUUCUCCUUCGCGCAGUUCGACUGUGGGGGGCGUCACCGCCCUAUUCCAGCAGCGACCCUGUCGGGGGCGGGGGGCGCCCUGUGGUCUCGGGGAGGGGCGGGGAUUUCACAUCCAGUCGCCAGGUAGAGGCUGCGAUGUUUUAGGGCAGGGACGUGGAGAGUAUCCUCGAUGUUUGGGAAAGUGAGAGGCGCCGGGGCCAGUGCGCUGCUCUCGGACCGGGACAGGGCCCCUCUCCAGGCGGCAGCCCCAGAAUGUAACGUCGGGGUCCUGGGCUGCCCAGGCUCCGGCAAGUCUGCUCUGACUGUGAAAUUCCUCACGAAAAGAUUCAUAAGCGAAUACGACCCUAACUUGGAGGACACCUACACUACUGAAGAAAUUGUGGAUCAUCAGCCAGUCAUUUUAAAAAUAAUGGACACAGCUGAUCAGGAUAGACCGUUGAACUCUGAACGUUACCUGAACUGGGCACAUGCAUUCAUUGUCGUCUACAGUAUUGAUAAUAGGAAGAGCUUUGAAGGGUGCGUGCAUUAUCUAAAUGUAAUUUCUAGUCAUGCCAAAGGACUCCCACAUGAUUAUCCAAUUAUUCUGCUAGGAAAUAAACUGGACAUGGAGAGAUACCGGCAGGUAAGCAAGUCUGAUGGACUGUCACUGGCAUCCAAAUAUAACUGUUUAUUUUAUGAAGUAUCUGCCUGUUUGGACUUUGAGUCAGUGCAGCACGUGUUCCACGAAUUGAUUCGUGAAGUGAGGCGAGAGACUGAGCGUCACCUUCCGGUCAGACCUCUCUUUAUUUCCGAGGAAAAGCCCGUGUUGGGUACAGCCCACCCACCUGCCUUUGCCCAUGCUGUUAAGCACCACGCACCUAUAUUUGGAACACAGCGUCUGUCCACUGCCACCUAUAAGGAAAUUCCCACCAUCACUUCAGCUAAGCUGGUCACUGUAAAGUCAGCAAGGGCACAAAGCAAGCGAAGAACUCCCACGCUGACCUUACUUAAAGGAUUUAAAAUAUUUUAGUGCACUACUCUCCACUCUGAAUACCAAAGUUCAAUGUAUCUCUUUAAUUUAGUUAGAUCCACAAUUAAUUUCUCUGGUUAGUGACUGUGGAAUUUAAAACUGUAACAAAACGAUUAUAACUCAAACCAACUGAACACUGAGGACCUCAUCUGUGAUCAGUGUGACCUUUGCUAAUCCUAUGUGGAUAUAAGACCAAGUACAUAGACCAUCAGCUGUUGCAGAUGACAACCAAUGUCUAUCUACCAAUGUCGACUGUCAACUGUAACCUCUUCUUUUGGGGAUUAAAUGACAGGUGGAAAUCUACUUGUUGCAGUGUUCAUAGCCAAGGAAGGGAGAAAAUAAAAGUAUCUGCUCAGUAACCUGAACUAUCACCAUAUGAUAAUAUCACCCCCAUUACAUCGAAGAUGACAAUUAAACAUUCUUUUACAGCUCAUUUCUCAGUUUAAAAAUAAUGUAAAACAAGUGUUUCAGGAGCUAAAGAAGAAGAAUUUUCAUUUAAAAUGCUGUUUGUGCUUCAGUUGUUUCAUUUUAAAAGUGUUCACUAGAUUUUAUAUAUUUGAUAAUGAAGAGGAAUGCACAGAGACUCAAAUGUACACAUGUAAUGCUUUCUGUAAUCUUUUAUCUGUCUGAGUAUAUGAUGCUUGUUUCAGAUGAUAAAAUGCAGCAUUUAAGAAAGGGGUUUGUGCAGUUAAAUGGUGGCAUACCAUGUUCAAGAUCCAGUUCAACUCCAUUUCCUUCUUUUGAGCCUUGCUACCACCCAUACCUUGUUGCCAAGCAAACUGAAUCUAGGCAAUCACAAAACUUCCGCUGGGCAUGUAUUUGUAAACUGAUUUCUAACUAUGGACUGCAUUACUUUGUGACAAAGUUAACCAUCACAAGGUUGGCCAGUGUGUAAAAACAGAAACAUUCGGAGUGAUGCGUGGAAUGUACUGAGUUUGGAGUUAGAUGACUUUACUUAGAAUCUGACCAUGCUCUCCUUCGACUGUUGUUGCUAACUGUGAGGAUUUUAAAAAAAGGAAAGCUGUCCUAAUAUUCAUGACCAGACAACUUCAGAAAAUUAACCAAUCAGUGUACAUUAGAAUCCAAACACCAUUGGCCAGUUUGUGCUAUGGUUGUACAACUUUCUGCAUAACCCCAGAUAUAUUUUAUCCGUGUCUCAUCAGUGAAAAUGCAUCAUAAUUUCUUCAUAUUUGAAUACAGUAUAUUUACUACCUAUUUGCAGGAGAAAACAUUCAUUGGAUUAUAAGAUUCCAAAGCAUUUUGAUUUGUUGAUAAUGUCCAGUUAAUAAAUAUCCAAAGCAGUAGUAUCUCUUU